AAAUAAAUAAACAUACAAACAGAUGCCCCCAAAACAAAAACCUAAAAGGAUCAGAAAAAUAAAAAUUACAAACUCCAAAAAGCUCUCUUGACUUUACGAUUCCCAUCUUUAGUAGUACUUCACAUGCACACAGUAGUACCCCCCUUACCCAUUUCAACUCGUAUCCUUGUUCUAUUUCACAGUAGAAAUCUGAGAUCAUUCUUCUGCUACGAAUGUCUCUCCGGUCUACAAAGAUUUCAAGUAGAAAUACAGAGAUUACCUUUUACGAAAUGAUCAAUUUGUAAAAAGGGUGGACAAUCAUCAUGAUUUUAUAAAUUCUUACUUCUAUAUCUACCGGAGAUAAUAAUAAGUUUAGUAGAUCGUAGUUUACUGAUAGAUAGUACUAGUAACCAGUUUCUUAGACGGAGAUUGCUGUCGAUUUCGUUUAUUCAAUCUGAGAAGCUUAUAACCGUCGCAGACAACUCUAUCAAGAAUCUGAAAUUUUCAUUGGAUUUAAGUGUGGCUUGAAAGGACAGAAUCCAAUGUAAAUUUCUUCAAGGAAUAUUGAAACGAUUAAGCUGAAACAGUAGUAGUCUCGUGUAAACGAAAUCGAACAGUAGUCUUUUUCUGCAAUUUCGUAAGCCUUGCUUAUCAAUAAUAUGCCGGUUAUUGAUGAUAAAGAAAUAAGAAGAAACGUAGAAGUGACAGAGAAAGAUAAAAAGAAUCAGUAUCAAGCAUGAAGCAUCAAGAAACUCGCAAUCUCAAGUCGGAAUCUGCCAAACAGAAAGAAAGACACAUCGUUACUUGGACUCAACAGGAAGAUGAUAUCUUAAGGGAGCAGAUCAGUAUCAAUGGAACUGAGAAUUGGGCUAUUAUUGCAAAUAAAUUCAAGGAUAAAACAACCAGACAGUGUAGAAGAAGAUGGUAUACUUACUUGAAUUCAGAUUUCAAGAAAGGAGGUUGGUCACCAGAGGAAGACAUGGUUUUGUGUGAGGCUCAGAAGAUAUUUGGCAACAGGUGGACUGAAAUUGCAAAGGUAGUUUCAGGCAGAACAGAUAAUGCAGUGAAGAAUCGGUUCACUACCCUGUGCAAGAAACGAGCGAAGCAUGAGACAAUAUUGAAAGAAAACAAAAGUUUAUGCACCAACCCGAAUAAUAAGAGGGUUUUAUUUCAAAAUGGGCUUGUUACAGAUGGAACAUCUGAAUCUACUGCACCUCUGAAGAAGAUGAGGACCAACAUUUCUGAUGUAGCCGAAAAUUGCGAUCAUGAAGGAAGAUUACUUGGGUUGUGUGGGACGACAGACGCUCAACAGCUGAGACCACCCUUUGCAGUAAUAUUUCCAAAGUCUCAUGGGGUUGAUAACUUGCCAACUCAGCAACAUGUCAGCAACACCAUUAGCGUAACAUCAACAGAUGUAGGCAAGAGUAAUGGUCAAGCUACAUUUCUUAAACGGAACGAUCCAAGGAUCACGGUUUUAAUGCAACAAGCGGAACUGCUCAGCUCGCUUGCAGCAAAAGUCAAUUCAGAGGGCAACAAUCAAAGUCUUGACAAUGCGUGGAAGGAACUUCAAGACUUCUUAAACAGAAACCACAAAAGCAAUCAACUACAAAGUGAGUUGCCAGACACAGAUUUUCACCUAGAAGGCUUGAAGGAAUUGAUAGAGGACUUGAGAAGUAAUACCUUUGGAGGCCACCUACACUGGAGACAACAAGAUUUACACGAGGAGUCUUCAGGCAGUUCUGGAAACAGCACAGAAUCAACACUCCAGUCUUCAGCAGGCGAGAAAAUUGAACUACCUCAGGGUGAGGUCUGUUCAUUAUACCAAGCUACUGGUGUUGAGCCACAGUCCAUUACAUUACUAGAGAGUGAUGGUACUGGUGGUGAGGAUGGGUUCUUGUGCUCUGGAGUUGCCAAUGUUGGGGCAGGUAAUAACGCUGAUGCAGGUGGUUCGGAAGAAUUUCACACUGGGACGGUAGUUACUCAAGUUGGACUCUUAGCGUCCUCUGCUGAGCCAAAAGGAACUGAUCAGCUUGUUCCUGCCAUGUCAAAUGCUGAAUUCAGUUCCCCAGUCAAAGUAACCCCACUUUUCCGGUCAUUUGGAGCAGCAAUUCCAACCCCACUAUUUUCUGAAAGUGAAAGAAAUUUCUUACUGAAAACGUUUGGUUCAGCAUCAUCACCCCCCAACCCAAGUUCAAACCAUUCCCAACCACCUCCAUGCAAAAGAUCCCUCCUCCAAAGUCUCUAAUAACCAGUUCCAAUUUCUCAUACCUAUAACCUUUGUGAUGGAGAAAAAGUUUAGCUCAUCUUCUGAGCACUCAAUUUCCCAUAUACAGUCCUUUUUUAAUCUGUUUUCGGUUGAGUUUAUUUUUGAUGAUACGCAGACAAUUAUUCGCCUGAUUUUAUCAAAAAGGCGUCUUAUGAUCUGCAUUAACCCUUCAGUCAUAGUGUGUUCUGUCUCUGCUAAUCAACAGACACACGAACACCUUUCAAAAUACUCGCAUUGAGUAUCAGUGUGUUUUGCCUAAUUCUUUUAAUCGUUCUAAUCUUCCCAUCGAAGAUGUCUUUCUGGUUUAAUUUGUAUCCAGAUUUCCCGUGAUAUGAUUAUGUACAUAUCAAGCAUUAUAGAGUCACUAGGUUUUUUAAGAGUGUGACUAAUUACAAAAAUAGAUAGACACCUCCCAUUCAAUCAAGGGAGAACAAAUCAACAAGAAGUUGAAAGCUACGUCAAUUCUCGGUUUUAUUUCGGGGUGCAGAGAAGGUAUAGAAUAAGAAGAAGAUUUUAGUUUGUGUUGUAUUUUCCUGGUUGUUUGAGGGAUGUAAGAAGAAGGCUGUAACUUUCAAAUGGAGUAUGUUAUAUUGGUUUUGUGUGGUAUGAAGCUCUUGUUCUACAA